AUGUCUGAAAUCUGUCACAAUAGAAAAAUUGCUGAAUUAUUGUGUAUUAGUAGAGGUGUUGUAGAUGAAGCUGCAAAAAAUGAACGUAAUUUAUCUUGUGGAUGGUGUCAAUAUUUUAGAAGCCAUUGGUUAUCAUAUGCGCCAAUACUCAACAUCACGACUUAUGUCCCUGAUGGCGAUAAUGGACCAAAUUAUCCAGAAGCAUUUGGCCACUUUACCUUUGGAAAUGAUCAAGUCAAACAUAGAUUUCUUAGAAAUCCUAUAUUUGUUAAUGACCAUUAUUGUACUUAUAAAAGUCCUAAUGAAACAAAUCCAUACGUUUCAUACUGGAAAUAUAAUGAAGAUGUAAGACCUAAACCAGGAACGUGGAUGGAUAAUAUAGUGUAUUAUAUUUAUUAUAUUUGUAUUACUGAUGCACUCCGUCAAAAAACUAGUUUAUGA